UGAAUGCAGGGUCCUGGGAGACCAGACCAGAUAUAGUGAAUGCAGGGUCCGGGGAGACCAGAUAUAGUGACCGGGGAUUUAUAGUGCAUGCAGGGGUCCGGGGAGACAGUGAAUGCAGGGUCCUGGGAUGCAGGGUCCGGGGAGACCAGAUAUAGUGAAUGCAGGGUCCAGGGAGACCAGAUAUAGUGAGGGUCCGGGGAGACCAGAUAUAGUGAAUGCAGGGUCCGGGGAGACCAGAUAUAGUGAAUGCAGGGUCCAGGGAGACCAGAUAUAGUGAAUGCAGGGUCCGCGGAGACCAGAUAUAGGUGCCCAGGGAGACCAGAUAUAGUGAAUGCAGGGUCCAGACCAGAUAUAGUGAAUGCAGGGUCCUGGAAACCAGUCAGAUUUGUUCUUUCAUUUGGUACAGGAAAAGGCAGCUGGAUCCUGAUU